CAGCGAGCGCAUCGCAACUCAACGCAAGGAGCAUACAGCCACGACUCCUUCGCUCCUCUAUCAUCAUCCAUCUUGGUCCUUCCCCUAGCACAGCAGUGCUACCAAAAUGUCUUCCUCUGCUUCAUCUUCCCCGCGCUCUUCACCUGAGCCGACGUCUUCAGCGGCAGGUCGGGCCAUCAAGCCCCUCCCCAAGGAUGGGUCUGCCUCGCCCAAGCGACGUUCUCUUCGUCCUGAUGCGCCCGCCUUCUCGCCUUCCAGCAAUGCUGCUGGCCCUUCAUCGGCGGCAAAGGGGUCGAAGCUGAAGCAUGCCCUGCCACCCAAGCCCGUAGCUAGCACCAGCUACUCAACCAAGCCCCCCAAAGCGGCAGAGACGACUGUGGUAAAGGAGGACGGCGAUGAAGAGGACGAGGAAGAAGAUGUUGCAGAACCCGCUGCUACCACAUCAGCUGCUGUCCCUGCCGCUGCCACGAAGCCGAUUUCCUCUUCCUCGUCCUCCUCGACCAAGCGUCUCAAAGUAGACUCCUCCCUCGUCCCCCUCGCCCCCAAGCUGAGCAAGACGGCCGCAACUAGCUCCACCCCGCCUCAGCGUCUGAUCGUUGUUCUGGAGCAGGCUUGCCUUGAGACCUACAAGAUGUCGUCUUCCUCGGGCAAAGGCGGAGACGACAAAUACGUUCUGCUCAACUGCGAUGAUCAUCAGAGGGUGUUGGCCAGGAUGGGAAGGGAUAUCGCUGAGGCCAGGCCGGAUAUUGUGCAUCAGUGUCUCCUCACUCUCCUCGACUCUCCGCUCAACAAGGCGGGCAUGCUGCAAGUCUACAUCCACACAGCGAAAGGCGUCCUGAUCGAGGUCAAUCCGCAGAUCCGUAUCCCGCGCACAUUCAAGCGCUUCGGUGGCCUGAUGGUCCAACUACUGCAACGACUCUCCAUUCGAUCGGUCAACGGCUCCGAGAAGCUGCUCAAGGUCAUCCGUAAUCCCGUCACGGAUCACUUUCCGCCGGGCACGUACAAGAUCACCCUCUCGUACGAUGCACCCUUGAGGAGGUUGAGCUCGCACUUGCCGACUUUGUUGAACAAGCCGCAGGAGGGUGCAACCCCCGGGCCGGAUGGAAAGCAGCAGCCCAGGACGCUGGCCGUCUUCUUGGGAGCUAUGGCGCAUGGGAAGGACGACUUUGCUGAUCAGUAUGGAUUGGAUGAGAAGAUGAGUCUCAGCGAGUACUCGUUGAGUGCGUCUGUGGCCUGUGGAAAGUUCUGCUGUGCUAUGGAGGAGAUCUGGGAUGUAUGCUAGGCGCGAGUGAUUGCCCGGGCCAGGGAAGACAGCGUUCGGUAGAGAAAGGGAGAGAGUGGAGGCAGACGUCACGAUGUCCUUCUGAGCGAGUACAGAUACGCGUGUGAUGGCGAGAAUUGGCUUGCAUGCAAUAGUACAGAUGAUUUUGGUCUCGUC